GACUAAAAAGGGGCUUUUUCCUAUAGUAGAGGGACCAAAAAGGGUAUUUAACCUUGAUGAAAUGGAAAAUAGAGAUAGCCAAGCCAAAGCUGUCACGGAGAAGAAAGCAGCAGGAGGGACGAAGAAGGUUUGUACUAUCUUUAAUGAUAUUGCUAUCCUUUAAUGUAAGAGGCUUAGGAGGGGGUGGGAAAAGAAGACAUAUAAGGGAUUUAAUUUUGAGGGAGAAAGUGGAAUUCUUAGCUGUUCAAGAAACCAAAUUGGAAGUUGUUGAUAGGAAGCUGUGUAGGAUGGUGUGGGGGAAGGAGGAUUUUGACUGGAUAGCCAAGCCAUCUAGGGGGUUGUCGGGCGGAUUGCUGUGUAUAUGGAAUAAAAAAAUUUUUAAAAUGGAAGAGGUGUUAGAGGGGAACCAUUUCAUUGGGGCUUUUGGUUUAUGGGGGGAAGAGGGAGUUCCGGUAUAUAUUAUUAACAUUUAUUCUCCAUGUGAGUUGUCUGGGAAGAGGGCUCUGUGGGAAGAGUUGCAGAUUUUGAUUUCGAAUAGGAAAGGCAACUGGGUUUUAGGGGGGGACUUUAACGCUGUCCGGAGCUCAGGGGAACGGGCAGGGUCCAAUGGGUUGUCCAGAGAAAUGAAAGACUUUGAUAGUUUCAUAAUCGGAGCUGGGUUGGUAGACUUGCCUAUGGCAGGGAGGAAAUACACCUGGUAUAAUGCUAAUGGCCAACACAUGAGUAGGAUUGACAGAUUCCUGGUUUCAGAGGAUUGGCUUUUGAGAUGGUACGAUGUAAAACAGUGGGGGUUAAAUCGAACUGUUUCAGACCAUUGCCCUGUCUUAUUGAAAAAUGAGCGGGUGGACUGGGGUCCAAAGCCCUUUAAGUUUUUUGAUGCUUGGUUGCAGGUGCCUGGAUGCAAGGAGCUGAUUAGAAAUACUUGGAACUCUACGGCAGUGGAGGGAUGGUAUGGGUUCAAGCUCAAGGAGAAAUUAAAAAGUGUUAAGAUAGCUUUGAAAGAAUGGAGCAGAAACUCAGUGACAGAGAUGGAUAGGAAAAUAAUAGAAGCUGAGAGAGUGAUAGCCCAAAUGGACGAAAGAGGAGAGAAGCAAAAAUCAAGAUUGAUGUGGUUAAAAGAAGGUGAUGCAAACACCAAAUUCUUCCAUAGGUGUGUGGCGGGAAGAUGGAGAAAAAAUGAAAUCAAUAGCAUCCAGAUUAAUGGUGAACAUCAUAAGGGGGUGGGUGAAAUUAAAGAAAAAAUGGCGGAUUAUUUUGAGCAGCUUUUUAAAGAAGAUAAGUGGCAGAGACCCAAGUUAGACGGUAUCAGCUUCCGUCAGAUUGGAGAGGCAGACAACGAACUCCUCAUAUCAUCAUUCUCUGAAGAAGAAAUCAAAAAUGCUGUUUGGGAUUGUGAUUCGUCAAAGUCUCCAGGCCCAGAUGGAUUUAAUUUCAACUUUGUGAAGUGCAUGUGGGAAGAUUUAAAAACUGAGAUUGUAGGUUUCAUUAGAGAGUUCCAGGAUCAAGGAAGGCUAGUAAGAGGAUCAAAUGCCUCUUUCAUAACUCUAAUUCCGAAAGUGGAAAACCCCCAAAGGAUUGAAGAAUACAGGCCAAUUUCACUUAUCGGAGUUAUGUACAAGAUAAUUGCGAAGCUAUUAGCAAAUCGCCUCCGAAAAGUGCUGGACAAAGUCAUCGGGGAGCAACAAAUGGCAUUCAUCGAAGGGAGGCAGUUGGUUGAUGGUGUGGUUAUUGCUAAUGAAGUGAUUGAUGAGGCGAAGAGGAAAAAGAAGAGCAGCUUCCUGUUCAAGGUCGAUUUUGAAAAAGCAUACGAUAAGGUGUGCUGGGAUUUCCUAGACUAUAUGCUGAUGAGGUUGGGUUUCUGCAAUACUUGGAGAAUGUGGAUACAAGAGUGUCUACAAUCCAGCACGGUCUCAGUUCUGGUCAAUGGAAGCCCCUCUAGACAAUUCUCAGUUAGCAAGGGACUUCGCCAAGGAGACCCAUUAUCUCCCUUCCUAUUCCUGCUAGUAGCGGAAGGAUUGAAUGGGCUAAUGUCUUCUGCAGUUGAAAAAGAGCAAUUUAAGGGCGUGACAGUUGGUAAGGAUGCGGUAAUGGUCACCCACCUUCAAUUCGCAGAUGAUACCAUCUUCUUUGGGGAAGCAACAGAAAACAACAUCAUGACAGCUGGGAAAGCAAAAUGGCCUAUAGAUUAUGCUGCAAAAAAGGGGAAUUUCCAUUUAAAUACUUGGGAAUUCCCAUCGGGGGAAGCCAUAGAAGGCUCUCAAUGUGGCAGCCCUUGUUGGAGUCUUUUAAAAAGAAGUUGACAAGCUGGAAGGGUCGGCAUCUUUCUCUUGGGGGUCGAAUCACGCUCAUCAACUCGGUGCUGUCCAGUUUGCCUGUGUUUUUAAUGUCAGUUUACCUCCU